AUGCAGUCCACCUUUUCCGUCACACACAGUAGCCCUAACCCUAGAAAACUUAGAUCAACCAAGAAAAAUUGGAAUCGAGAUCAAUCAUUUUCCCUCGUGGGUCAGAUGGGUUUGAACUGUUUUCAAGAUUCUACUACAGCAAUGGCGAAAUCAAUAUCUCAGUAUCCAACGUCUCCCACCGAAGAUCCACGGCUGCCGACCUCCCCCACCGAAGACGUCCCAUCAUCCAAAAAUGAAGUUAAAUUCCUCUUCGGAGACCUGAAAGAGAUGACACAACAAGCCAAAUCUAAACCCAUCGAUUUCAAAGAUGAUCCCGUGCCUCGUGCUUUGCCCUUCGUUCAUAAAUCCGUUACUGCUUAUGGUAUUGAAAUGAGAACCAUUGAAGUACCCAUGUUCAAACCAUCAUGGGUCAUGUUGAUCAUGGAAAGUUCCUUUAUGGGAGGUUGAACAGUUGUAAAGUGUUGUUGGGGCUUUAACAGGAAGGAUAUGCUGUCAAAAGUUCAAUAAGGAGAAAGGGUAAUUUCAUCUUAUUAUUUUUAGGUACAAUAUUGGGAUUUUACCAUUGGAUUGCAAUAUAUUAGAAGAGAUGGUGUGUCGGGAUAUGAAAAGGGCAUUAUGGUCUAUUUUGAUAAUAUGUAAGAAAAAGGCAUUAUGCAUUUUGGUUGCAGUUAGAGUAGAAUCCAUGAGAAAGAAGAAAAAAGUCAUGAAUUCCUGAAACGACCUUGCAAGUGUAGAAGGGGUUUUAUAUGGACAUUUUGAUAGUUCCCUGUGUCAUUUGAACUUCAGUGGCUUACAAUGAUCCUAAGCCAGAGUGGAAAUAAGG